GUGAGACUAUAACCAGGGACACAAUUUCAGGACAAGGAUCAGGCUGUGUAAGGCUGAGAUUGAAGAAGAAUUUCUUCACUUGGAGAGUGGUGAAUCUUUGGAGUGUCUACCUCAGAGGACUGUGAAAGUGCAUCUUUGAGGCUGUGACAUUUGCAAUUCUCCUGUUUCCUGGCACCAUAUUGAAGGAGGAUUGGAAAAUUCUGUCAAAAGCCCCUGGAAUUUCAAAUGAAUCUCCCUCAGUGACUUGGAUGCAUCAAUCUCACACAGUUUGAGUUACCGAACCUUUUUGUGAGAAUUUCCAAACCCUCCGAGGAUGUCGCGGCGUAGCACACGUCUUAAAACAAGUGGUUAUUAUCAAGAUGAUGAUGAUGCCUCAAGUAGCAGUGGUGGAUCUGUUGCCGGAAGUGUUGUGUCCUACAAAGAGAGCUCUGUCAGGAUAUUCAAGAAAAAACCAAAUGCUAAACGCUCAGGGCUCACGCCACGCAGUACUCCUGUGCCUAGCAUGAAACGCUCAGUAUCCAACAGCUCCGUGAAUAGCCAGUGCAGCCUCGCCAGCCACAUCAGCAGCGCUUCUAUGCUAAACACCUCACUGGCUCAACAGAUGAAUAACGAUUCUUACUGGCAGGAGCCUGAACCAGACCCUGAAGCCGAGCCUACUGGUGGUGACCCACCUGGCUUCGAGGACAAUUAUGGGAGGCUGUCUGCAAUGGUAAGGAGACCAAAUGGCUACAAGAGCAGUACCCUGUCAGCUCCACCUUCCUCUGAUAUCUACACAUCAUCCACUUCUGGAUACUCCUCUGAAGAUGAGCAGCUGGGCUUUGUACAUUCAGCAACAGCUUCUCCCAUUGCCAAGCUAUGGAACUUGAUCUUUGAGCUCUCUCCAGGAAAGGCUUUGUCCAUGGUGUACUGGUGGCUUGGUACAGCCUGGUACCAGUUAACAACUGCAGCUUCCUUGUUUGAUGUCUACACACUGUCCAGGUGUGUCCCCAGUGUGAAGAAAUGGUUACUGUUGGGUCUGCUGGUUCUAUUUGGCUUAUUGGGUGUUUGGCUUUUAGUAUCAUUCAGAAUGGCACGGCCACGAGCUGAGAUGACAGGUAAAAUGGAAAGAGAAGCUUCAAAAUGGUCAGUUUGGCCAGAGAAGCUGGGAGGUCCCACAUUGGAUCUAUCUUUACAGCUUGAUUUGCAGUCUCGUGUGCAGAAAAUGGAGCAGCAGUUGACCCAGCUGGCUUCUGAGUUUCAUGCUCGCUCGCAACAAGAUAGUGAACCCAGUGAGCAAAUACCACCGGUAGCUGAAAGGGAAAAUGCCCCAGUUGUACCUCAACUUACACGGGAGGAGGUGAUCAAACUGCUCGAAGAGUUUGUCCAUCAACAAAAACAAGUGGUGCAAGAUGAGCAGUCGAAUGAUUCAAUUUUGAGGAUUCAGAAUGAUAUAGCCACUAUCCGGCAACAGCAAGAUAUGCGAAUGGAGCAGCUACUGCUAAAGGUUAAUAGCCAAACUGAGGAGAUGUUCAGAGAAAUAAAGGAGGCAAGCUCUGCUUUUGUAAGUAAUGCGAAUGAUGAGCAGCAAACACUCCUCUCUGCACUAAGCCAACUGAAAGAGCAGGUUGGCCAAACCCAGCUUGAGCUGAUGGACAUGCGUACUGCACAAAGGAACAUGGCAUCAAACAUGGAAACAUUGAGUAGCAAACUUGAAAGUGUGAAGGACAUGGUGGAGGCAGAAGUGGUCCAGUUGGUCCACAGGAUGCUCUUUGGUUCAUCACAUGACAGCACACCUAUAUCCUCAGAGCAAGCACUAAUAUCCCAGCUUGUCCUUCAUAAAGAUCUGGAAGCCCUACGUCAUGACUUGGAGAAGAAGGUCCUUGCUGAUCUUUCACAAAAUCAAAUCCAAACAGCAGAGCUGAACUCAGUCAAUGUCAAAGCCAUUUUGGCUGGAGGAGCAAUUACAAAGGAAGUUGAAAAUAUUGUGCAACGAGCUCUGAAGCUAUACAGUGCUGAUCAGAUAGGACUGGUGGAUUAUGCACUGGAGUCUGCUGGUGCCAGUGUAUUAAGUACACGCUGCUCCGAGACAUUUGAGACUAAGACAGCUCUGCUUAGCUUGUUUGGAGUUCCACUGUGGUACUUUUCUCAGUCUCCAAGAGCUGUCAUUCAGCCAGAUGUUCAUCCAGGGAACUGCUGGGCAUUUAAAGGAUCACAAGGAAAUGUUGUUAUCCAGCUUGCUGCCCGGAUCACACCCACCUCCUUUACUCUCGAGCACAUUCCAAGGUCUAUUGCUCUGCGUGGAUCAAUCAUCAGUGCACCACGUGACUUCUCUGUUUACGGUCUAGAUGAGAUUCGAGAAGAAGAGCUUCUAUUAGGACAAUACACAUACGACCAGGAUGGGGAUUCAAUACAGACAUUUCAAGCCCAGAAUAAAGAACUUGGAACAUUUCAAGUCAUUGAGCUGAGGGUAAAUAGCAACUGGGGACAUCCUGAGUAUACUUGCCUCUAUCGAUUCCGUGUCCAUGGAGAGCCAGUGAAGUAAUGUUGGGAGACAGAGACCCUGCCCUGUAGGAGAUGUUUGGGCAGCAUUUCAAGGACCUAUUCUGUAUAGUUUUUCCACAUAUCUGAAGCUACAGUACUGGAUACUGUUCUGCCAUUCAAACCUUGCUCUCUGCUUUUGUUGCGAAUAGGAAUGAAAGCACUGUUUUUCUGGAAAUAACAACAAAGGUAUUUGGAACUAGAAAAUAUCGAAAAGAAACUUUGUCUCAAUUUUGGGAUUGUCUUUCCAGUUUAUUACCUGAGAUGUGAAUAAAUCGGCAAAGAGUGGAUGGAUGAAAUCUGCUGGAUAGGAAAUCAUCCCUUUCACAAGACAACCUUCACAUGCCCAUCAGGUCAUCUUAAUGACAAAGUGCAAGCACCCACCUACAUUAUGGAUCUUGGGAUACACUAAGAAAAUUUUAAACUUUGUUCUGGUAUUGCAAGUAAUCUAGAUAUUCAAAUUUUAAUUCCAUACAUUUAAUUUAAAGUUUUAGUUCCUGACAGUUACAACUAUAAAAUAAGAUGGCAAACAAGACAACUUUGCUUCUACUAGCCUUUAAACAUGGUGAAAGACCACAUGUUCCCAGAAUGUAUAAUUGAAAAUGAUGAUGUUUGUGUUCAUCUAGACACAGUUAUCCUGUACAUCUGAUCAGUCCCCACAAACCCCUCACAUAUGUUUCACUAUCAGGAUGGAGAGAUGCAGGUAUUGCCUCCCAGGAAUAUAAUGUUGAUACUGGCUAAGCACACUUCAGGUUACUACAGCUCUGAUCGUGUCCAAUUGGACAGCUGUUUCUCAGGACUAAUGUGAUUAAGAUGAUUGGCAGGGAGCUGAAUUAUAACAAAAAUGAACAUUCCGUCCAUCAAGCUCUUUAACUGGAAAUAUUACGUACGUCCAACAGCAUUGCACAAGGAUCCUUGACAUAUGGAAGAAUUACUCUCCUCUAAAAUUCUUAGCAUUUGUAUCUUAAUGUAUAUGCUUCAAAGAGACAUUCAUGAGCAAAUUUCAAUUGUAAAUUGUUAAAACCUAAGAUCUAACAUUCUAAAGUGAUGAUGUUUGUACUUAGCAAGUGGCAAACACAGACAAGUCAGAAAUCAUGUUACUUUUGCUGUCUUUAGUUGCUCUGAAUGUAUUAAGAAACAACCACAUAUGGAUGAGAUUGACGUGUACCCAUACUAGUUAGGACGCUGGGUAGUUCUUUAAAAUAUAUUGAGCACAAUCCAGCAGCUU